UGGCGGUCAGAAGAGUCCUGUACGCCGACCUUCUGGGACCCAAAUUUUUUGUGGAAACGAUAAUAAGGAGUAGUUUUACAGAUUAUAAAUGCGAGAGCAGACAAGGGAAACACAGGUGGGACAGGAGUUUUGGAGAGAGGUCAGAGGGCAUGAAGUUGUGCCUGCAGCAGUUACCACAGUAACAGGACCGGAUGUGGCGUUCUUACGGCGCGACAGUCAUCUCUUCUCAGGCCUUCUGGCCCGAGAGCCUGUUGACUUUGUAGCACACAAUGAGGAGCUGGUUAUGGUGUGUUCCAGCUAGGGCCAUUGCCUCAGCCGCGAUGCCAAAACUAAAGAAGCAGAAUCAGCACCACUUACCGCCGCCACCGCAGCAGCACCUAUUAUCGGAGAGGGAAGAGACUGGAGAUGAGGAGGAUGGGAGUCCCGUCGGACCACCCAGCCUUCUGGGCCCUCCCCCCAUGGCCAAUGGAAAGCCUGGUGAUCCCAAGUCAGCUCUUCACAGAGGUCCUCCAGGAUCCAGGGGACCGAUGAUUCCACCAUUGCUCAGUCUCCCACCUCCUCCCCGUGGUAGAGGCCCAAUUCGGGGAGGCCUCAGCCCUAGGUCUGGCCCAUAUGGUCGUGGUUGGUGGGGGGUCAAUGCUGAACCUCCUUUUCCAGGGCCAGGCCAUGGGGGUCCCUCCAGGGGAAGCUUUCACAAAGAGCAGAGAAACCCUCGAAGGCUCAAAAGCUGGUCUCUUAUCAAGAAUACCUGCCCACCCAAGGAUGACCCCCAGGUUAUGGAAGACAAAUCCGACCGCCCUGUCUGCCGACACUUUGCCAAAAAGGGCCACUGUCGAUAUGAAGACCUUUGUGCCUUCUACCACCCAGGCGUCAAUGGACCUCCUCUGUGAGACUGCUUUCCUUCCAGGUUGGAAGGAACCGUCUGUGACCUAGCAGCCAUGUCUUUCCCUGUGGCCCUGUGGAGGCUACUGUGAGGCUCUUCCACACAACACUCUCAGUCAGUUACACACCAACCUCAUUCACCACCUCCUGCAUUUGGGGUCCAGAAUUGUGUUUCAUCACUGGUGCACAAUGUGCACACUUUCUUCUGAUACAGCCUCCAGAGACUUGCCUUCAGGACCCCAUCUUUGCUCCCUUCUAUUGCCUCCUGGAUAUCCUUCCCCCUCGUCAAAUGACUGCUGAACAGGAAACCUCUUGGUGCUGUUUCUUGUGCAUCUGUCUACCAGCCCGCCAGCAUUGCCCUUGAUCCCUGAGAGCUUGGAGUGGUUUCCUACCAUUCCCUUCUGGCUGUUUGUUUUAAGUCCUUUUUAUGUGAGACCUUCUACCCUCAGUGUUGUCAGAUGCUUGUGAAACUCACCAGGUUGACCUGGGUCAAGUUUGGGUGACUGGUACAGAGUUACUCCCUAAAAGGCACUCUUCCUGCUUUUGGCUUUCAUAGUUUCUGUCAGUAGCAUAAUCCCCACCACUAUGGUCUGUGACCACUGUGUUUUGUGAAAUCCUGUAUACCCCCAUAGGCUUUCUCAGUGUCCGUGGCAUUUUUUGUGGCUUCCCAACACUAGAAUAAGUUUUUCUGCCAAAAUGAAUGAGGCUUUUGGUGCCCUCUAGACUUCCCACCACCUCCCAACAUGGGAGAAUUGUGAAACUGUCCGCAAGACUGCCUUCCUGCUCCUCCUCAUGCUCCUGGUGUUGGUUAUUCUGGUCUGACACAGGCCUGUGGGAUGUCUCGUAAAGCCUCUGUUGGCUUUACCCUACUUAGCUCCUCUCCGGUCCAUUUCAGUUAGACUAUGUCAUUAUGAGGCCACCAGACCUUUCAUUGGAAUUCUGUGAAUCUCCACCUGGCCUAUCUCUGGGUGGAACCUGGUCAGUACUAUUGCCCUCUUUGAAACCCUCUUCCCCUACAUCCCUGGCACUGGUUGUUUUCUGUGAAAACAACAGUGUACAGGUUCAGUUUUGAACUGGCCCUGUAGAAAUGGGCCAGGAACUGUGUAGACAAGAGGGAGAAAUGAGAGCUAUUGGAGAAAUGAGAAUGAGUUUUUUUCUUUUUAACAUUUUUUUUAUAUUAGUAAUAAACACAGUGGAAAAACAGCAUUUU